AUUAAUUAUUAAUCCUCAAAGUAUUACAGAUGAAUACAUGCAGCUCUCUUGGUACAAGUUUUUGUUUACACUCGCCUCGUCUUCCCGAGUGCUGUCGUCCGGCUGCUUCAGUUCAGUUGGUGGUAGUGCUGAAUCGGUAUGUGCAGAUUCCUUCGUUACAAAUUUAGCAUUGGACGCAGCAGCUACAGAAAUGGUGCAAGCGAUGCCAUCUGUUAAAAACCUAAUAAGCGGUCGAGUGUCCGCAGAGCAGGCGCAAGAAAGUCUCUUCUCCUUUUUCCAGUGCAUACUAAGUGUUGAUCCCAGAUGGACACCAUUUAUCAGAGUUAGCGCAGUAGCGUGAUACUUACCAUUUAUUCCCGUUUUCUUACAGUAUCAAACUCAACAAUUAAAUACAGAAUAAUAAGAUAAUUUUUGAAAAUGAAUCUGUUGCUUCAAAUUAUUUUGCUUUAAUAUACACUUGACUCCUUGGGUGAUUCCUCAGAUGGUUUACUAUGGGGCGCUGACUAUCGGCGCGUGUGUGUAGUUCGAUAAAAGUGACGCGCGAAAGCAAAUUCAUAUAUAUGAAGUUUGCUGUAUCAUAAAUGCCAGUUCACCAGUCAUUAUUUGCAGGAAUAAGGUCGACAAAGAGAGGUGUUAAUAAUGUCGCUUCUCGCUCAUUGUUUCGCGCGACUGACCCAAACGCAACAAAAAGAUGAGCUGAGAGGAUAUAAAGUCACCGAUGUCAAUCGCCGUAGAAAAUUUGGAAUUGCUAGUCGAAGUUUGCAAGAAUUAAAACGGAAAGCCUGUGUUAAGUUCAACAUUACCAAUGACCUCAGCGAAAUCAAUAUGUUUUUAUUGGAUGGUUCAUUAGUGGAUGAAGGCUAUUUUUAUACUUUGGAACCCCAGACAACUAUGAUUAUUCAAAAACCGGGCGAGAGAGUUCUGUCAGACGCAGAUUUGCUCUAUGAAACCCUAAGGCGAGUAAACAUCGAUUAUCUUACGGCGGGUGAUCAGGCUACCAAGUUUCUAAGCGAGAAUCUAAAGAGAAAGGUUGCAGUUUUGCACAGUUUAUUGAAUGUAGAUGACUCGAGAACUGUCUGCAGUAAAAGGGAAGAACAUCCGGAAUGGUUCAUGGGACUGGAAACAAAUAUUACGACUAAGGAAUCAUACAUGCAUCGCAGAUGUCAAGAUCGAAUACGCGGAUACCUUUAUAAAACAAUUGAGCAAAUAAAGGGAUCAGAGACGUGGUCGACAAACCGUCCUGCACGGCUAAAUCUUCACCGAGUGAUCGAGUUCUUCAAGUUGCAACUAAAAGAGGAUCACUAUUUAGGGUAUUAUUUCGACAGAAGUCGUGCCAAAGAGGAGUCAAACAAUGUGUUUGAUAAAGUGGAUGGAGAUGACUACAUCUGUUAUGAUCAUUGUCCCUGCAGAUCAAUGUUACUGGAAAAUGAGGAUAGCGAUAAUGAUAAAAGUGAUAUAAAUAUUCAUGGUGAUGAUGAAAUUGAUGCCAAAAAAUACUCCUCUAGUAAUGUUUCACCAACCAAGAAAGCACGUGUUAGUAAAAAAGAAAGUUGUUCUUAUGCAGUAUAUCCGAGAGGAAGAAGUGAGCAGUUUGCUUUAUGUGAUUCUAAGGGAGAAUUCCGGUGCGAGGGAAUAUGGAGUGCCAACGGUUGCAGCUAUGGUGAUACACAUAGGAUCAACCCUUAUAGAUCCCGCGAAGAACUUAUUCUAUUUUCUACUUGGAAUUUGGAUCACAAGAUUGAACGGUCACGAGCAUUAAUACCUCAGCUAUUGAAGCACUGUGAGGAGGACACAAUACCUGAGAAGAUAGUGUUUGAGCUUUAUGAUAACUUAUUCACUGUCAAAAACCUGAGUCUUGUGCAUAUCGUGUGUCAUGCCAAGGGCGCACAUAAGUGAAGGCUUCCCUGCAAUGUUUACAAUGGAGUAAAAUGCAUAUAAUAAAGUCUACGGUUAAAGUAUCAAAAACUUUAUUUUCAACUUAGUCAU